AAUAGCACGCAAAAGCACAAAAAGGGCUAGCCACAUACAUGCUUCAAAGAAACGCUCAGUGAGGGAUCUAGUUGGAUUUUGAAGCCAUCAUGAGUGGAGGAACCCCUUAUAUCGGGAGCAAAAUCAGCCUAAUUUCUAAGGCCGAGAUUCGUUACGAAGGGAUUCUCUACACUAUUGACACUGAGAAUUCGACUGUAGCACUUGCAAAAGUUCGGUCUUUUGGCACUGAGGAUCGGCCCACUGAUAGGCCCAUCCCGCCCCGAGAUGAGAUCUUUGAGUACAUAAUCUUCAGAGGCAGUGACAUCAAGGACCUGACUGUGUGUGAGCCGCCAAAGCCAACAUGCUCUUUCCCGCAGGACCCUGCCAUCGUCCAGUCCUCUGUGUGCUCAGCCCCUCCACCUGCUCCUGCUGCCACUUCAGCUCCAUUCCAGUCGGUGGGCUCCAACGGCCUGUUCAACCGAGCUCCUGUGCCCCUGUACAGCCAGUGUAACACCAGCCCCCUGGUGUCAAUGCAGUUUGGCACCGUUGGUGACGGUAAGAGCCACAGCAACACAAAGCCUGGAUAUGGAAGAUCAGUGACGCCCUCUUCCUUUGGGAGCGACACAAGCUCCGCUGCAACCCAGUCCCAGAGCAGUGCUAUUGGCGCUGCUCUCCCCACUGAUUCACACUCUCUGGGUACCGCUACUGUCCUUGUAUCUAAAGGCCACACCAGCCCCCCCCUGGACCCCCUGAGGAAGAGCCCCACAGAACAGGCAGCCCCGUCGGCCCCCUACGCUCCGACUCCCAGCUUGGGCCGUAGGAGUCCCGCUCCAGGCCAAACGACCCCCUCGGCUCCAGCCGCCGGCCAUGCCCAGCAGCAGCACCAUCACCAGGGUGAGACCGUCAGUGGGGCCCGCAGUAACCAGGCCUGGGGUGUGCCCUGCAAUGCGCCCAUUUCUCACCAACGCUAUACCACUGCAGGGCUUACCAACUCUAUCUUUAUCUCCGUAGUUGGCGGCCCCCCACCUCAGAGGCGUGGUCGUGGGGGAAGACAACGCGGCAGGGGCCGCUUCAACGUGCGCCGAGACGGACCCAUGAAGUUCGAGAAGGACUUCGACUUUGAGAGUGCCAACGCCCAGUUCGACAAGGAAGAAAUUGACAGGGAGUUCCAGAGCAAGCUCAAACUAAAAGAUGAGACGGAGAAGGCAGCAGUGAACGUGGAGGAUAAGGGUAACUCCAGUGUGGAGACUCAGAACAGCAAGGGCAACGCUGAUGAAGGGCUGGAGGCACCAACACUUCAAGUUUACUACGACAAGUCAAAGUCUUUCUUCGACAAAGUCUCCUGUGAUUACAGCAGGAAAGCUGCAGAAAAACUUGGAGGAAGCUCUGGUUUCCCACUGCAGCGGAGGCAGACCUGGGCUGAGGAGCGGCGUAUCAACUCUGAGACGUUCGGCAUCCCCCUGCGUGGGGGUCAGGCCCGUGGGGGCUACCGCGGGCGUGGUGGUAUGGGCUUCCGCAGGGGUCGCUCCGCCAGCAGAGGGUCCUUCGGUCCCCCCCGCGGAAGCCACGGCUACAGGGGAGGAUUCAAUCCAACAAGCCAGGGAGGAUGGGAGUUUUCAGAGAACUUUGAGUACAGGGAUACCGGUGGCUGCAUGGAGGACAGAUCCAGAGGGGUGACGGCUCAUCUUUAGAAAUAGUUUGUUUUAUACUUUUGACUAAAAGAUUGUAUAUUUGUCAACAUCACUGGGGGUAGACUGUUUUGAAUGCCACUUUUCCAUAUCUUUUAAUAAUGGAAAUGAUGCAAUCCAUUGAUAUCUUCAAAACAAUUUCCAGGUGGCUAAAUUGUGUAUAAAAAUAUUUGAGGGAUGUCCUUUUCAGCAAUGAGGUUUUUUUUCUUCUUGUAACAGGUAUUUGAUGAUAUUCUGUUAGGUGUAGAAGGCCGAAUGACUGAGGAUCGCUGACACAGCUUCAUUUUUUGGGGAAACCUGUAAUGUACCAAAAUAGCCAGUGGGGUCUGUCACAGCUUUCUGUGUAUUUUUCAACCACACAAACUGUACCUGUACCUAGUCUGCUAGCUAUCCGUGUCCUCAAUGACAGCGUUUAUGAUUUUAGCUAGAUAUCAACUUUUUGUAAAUGAUAUUCUGUUUUAUUUACUUCCACGUCUUCACUAGUGAUGGUGCUAGAUGAACUUGGCUAUACUCUUCUUGUUUGGUGACAUAGUUUAACUCUGGUUGCAUAACUAGGUAUAGGGAAAGAUGGAUCAUAGGUCAGAACUUCAUUUUCUUUUUUUUUUAAUUCUGUAGGUUGCCCUGUACUCGAGGCUACUGGUAUUGUGUAACUGGAGGCACAGUGCUGCUGUUUGCUACGGUUAUAUCUCUAGCGUAAUCUAUGUAAACUGCUACAAGAGCUCGCUAAAGCAGGCCAUCUAAGUAUGCUUCUUCCUGACAUUUAGGUCACAUUUCAGUUUCCAACAUUUCUAAGGAGCUUUCCAAAUUGUUAUUCCCUUUUACCUCUUUUUGUCAGUCAGUUUGUUAACCUCCUCCUGAACUCCACAUCCUCGUUCCUCUCAAAAGAAACCAGAAUGCCAGAAAGAAUUUGACCCACCAACCGUACUUGAGAUGUCUGACGGAGAGAAACAAUACCCUGAUUGAACUCUUGAUUCGAUGCCUCUGACUCUGUCCCAUGGCACUGCAUGGCGGUUGGUGGCUUGCUAAGCUACACAAGUGAUGUCAACCUAAUUGCUCAGUUAAAAAUUGGUUAAAAUAUUUGAUUAAUUGUAGAGCCCUUUUGGUUUUAGCUUAUUAGGUAUUAGUUACAUAGUAAUAUUGAAGCUAAUAUUUUGGAGGUUUUGAAUGAUUGGGCACAAAUUGGGUGAAGAUUGGUUGAUGGGAAGUAAUGAACUUUGACUGAAUGUCUGAUGCUAUCUUGGCCAGGCAUGAUUUAAAUAGAAAAUACUAGCUAGAUUUGGGAAUUUAUAUCUUGCAGGAAAUGUACACAGUUGCACUUUUUACUAUUGAAGUUUUAUAUAAUGGUGUCUUCUGUUAAUGUGUUAAUCCUGAGAUUGUAUUCCAGUUCUGCUAAUUGUGGAUGACCUGGUGAGUCCCAAAUGGCAGUCCUAUAUAGUGCACUGCUUGGCUCUGGUCAAAGGUAGUUCACUUUACAGGGAAUAGGAUGCUAUUUGGGAUGAUACCGACGAUGUUAUGGUACCUGACC